AUGCCCCGAAACGCCUCGAUUGCCUCUUGGUGCUUAACAGCCUUUGCAAGUGUCUUUGAAAUUGAUGUUGUGCUUGAUUUUGAUGGAUGCGAUUGGGCUUUAUUCCAUUGUUUUGGUAAUGGAUUUCUUCAUUUGCUUUUGAGAUCAACAUCAGAGCCAACCCAGACUCGAUUACAGAAUUCAUCAGUUGAGUGGAACCGGGGCUUUAAGAUAAGUACGGGUUAUAAGUGGCUGCCCUCCAACUCCACUGCGUUUGCCAUUAUCCCAGUCUCUUGCUCUUAUUCAGUUGGGCUAUCCCUAAAGGGCACUAGUUUACAGAAAUGGGCAGCGAGGAGCCAAGAGACCCGUUGGAAAGCUGUUGGUAAUGACAUGCAGAGGAAUCCCGGUUAUAAACCAGAAAUAAAGAAGCGGCUUCCUAAGAAGAUUAGGCAGAUUCCAGAGUGCUAUUUUCUUCCUCGAAGAUCCCGACUGUAUAACUUAACAUUUGUUGGAGCAUGUAUUGCUGGUGGAAUUGGUGCAGGGAUGUUGGUGGAGAUGUGGAUAAACAUGAAAUUUAGAGAGGAUGGAGGCGUAUUAUGGGAGUUUGACAAGUAAAGCCCAGAGAGAGUUGUGAAUGUAACGACAUUAGAUUUGAAACUCUGUUAAUGACAACUACAUUUGGUUUCUAAGCUAAUGUUUGGUAUUGGCAUUUUUGUAUGAGCAGAAAUUGUGUUGCUCUUUUGUUUAAGCUCUUAUUAUCUAGUGUACAAGAACUGGCACAGAAGUUGUCUUGAUUGUUCUUCAUACCCAUUUUCAAUGUGCAAAGAAAGCAUGUGAAAGAAUAAGAAUGGUGUUGCCUCUUCCACCUCAA